AGCCCAGUCCACCCCACGUCGCGCAGAGGGCAGACGGAGCGAGUGAAGCUUGCGCGUCCCGACCGAAGAUGCUGCGGCUGUGUUGCGGGGCCGUCCCGGCCGCGCUGCUCCUGCUCGCCUGGCUCUGCGUUCCAGGUCUUGCCAACAAUGAAGAGACCCUGAUAAAGCCCAGACUGAGCUUCUUGGGGGACCAAGUGGUGAUCCCAGCCGGUUCCCCAUUUGAUGUGACUUGCAGGGGUUCUGCUCCACUAGCCUGGCACUGGGGCAACAGCUCAUCCAGCGGCAACUUUCACAUAUCUGAGCGCCAAUGCUCUGAUGACGCCCUGCUCACCUGCAACCAGCUCACCAUCUUUACCAUGGUGGCCAGUGAUACUGGCUAUUUCAUCUGCAGCUACAAGGACAUCUCUGAUUUGAAGGACCCGAGCUUUAUGACCAAGGUGUAUGUGUAUGUCAGAAAUGACAGCCAGCCUUUUGUACAAAGAUACGAUGACAAGCCAGAUUUGAUCACGGUGUUUUCUGGAGCACAGGAGGUGAUUGUGCCCUGCCGAGUCACUUACCCUGACCUAGAUGUCAAGCUGGAUCUGUUCCCCCCAGGCAAGUUCAACUAUACGAGCAAGGACUGGAACCCCCGGAAAGGCUUCACAGUCGUCCGCCCAUCCUUCCAGUUCUUCAGCAGUCUGCUCCAGUGUGUAACAGAAGUCAAUGGGAAGACCUAUGCCUCCCUCUACCUGCCCCAGAAAGUGGAAACCAAAAAAGGGAAUAUCUCUAUCAGAGUCAAUCACCAAAAACUGCUUGCGGGAGAAACCCUGAGCCUGACCUGCACCGCCGAGACCACAUUCAAUGGGCGCAUCAAGCUUGACUGGGAGUACAAGAGGAAAGGGAACAAGGCAAAUCCCAGGUGCUGUGAAGUUAAGAGGAACAUGGACCAAAGGACCCCUGUGUACAAAAGCUACAGUAACCUGACCAUCUGGAAUGUGACGAUGGAGGACAAUGGACUCUACCGAUGUCAGGAAGGCAAUGGUUCAAGCCUCCAGGCCAGCAUCAACAUCACUGUGCUGGAGAAAGCAUAUAUCAAUGUGACCUACAGACGGAACACUAUCUACGAGACCACUGCUGGCCACGGUAUGCAGAAGCUAUCUGUGAAAGUGGAUGCCUUCCCUAGGCCCAAUGUCACCUGGUACAAGGAUGGCCAGCUGAUCCCAGAAAACCUUACAUACCAUUCUGACCCAUUAAGGUACAGACUCACCAUCACAGAUGUGAAAGUGAAGCAUUCUGGGAAUUAUACCAUUGUCCUGAGCAACAUCCAGCAUGGCCUCUGUGAAAACCGAACCAUCCAACUACUUGUCUAUGAGAGACCCAAGAUCUAUGAAAAGGAGACAGACCUGAACAAGACUCAGCCAGUGUUUCUGGGCAGUGAACACAUCCUCCGCUGUACGGCAAGUGGCACCCCCCCACCCACCUUCCGAUGGGCUUGGGAGCCCUGCAUUGCCAGCGAUCCUUUGUGCAGGGAACGAGGGAAGAGAAUUGAGCUUUCUAAAGCUGCUCUUGAAAAAGGCCUGUACGAUGUCAACCAAAUCCAGUCCAUCGAGGAGACGAUUCUAUCGAGUGGGGAUAGGAACAAGACCCUGAGUAUGCUCACCAUCACCUCCAGCAAGAGCUCUGGCAUCUACUUCUGCACUGCUUAUAACAAGGUUGGCAGAGACGAGAGAGUCAUGAAGGUCUAUGUCUCAGAUGUACCAGGACAUGUGGAAACCCUACCUCGGAUCUUGGCAAUUGAAGGCCAUGAUGCACAGCUCACCUGCAGAGCAGCCAGAUACAUCUAUGAUGACCUAGCUUGGUUCAAUCCAUUCGGACAAAUGGUUCCUGCCUCAUACACCGAGAGGCGAGUGAACAAAUACUCCAUUUCCUUGACUCUGAUGAUCCGAAAUGUGUCCCGCCAGCAAGAAGGUCAGUACAAGUGCAAGGCUUGGAACAAGAAGAACACCACAGCCGUGCUGGAAAGGACUGCUAGACUCUUCUCUAGAAAAAAAGUUGCCCCUUAUGUCAUCGAGAACCUCACCGAUCUGGAUGUGAACAGCAGUGGCAAGAUUGUGCUACAGUGUAAAGUGGGGGGGACUCCAACACCUGGCAUCACUUGGCUGAAGAACGGGAAUGCCAUCCUGCCAGCCUCAGGCAUCUCCUUGGAGAACAACACCCUGGUUAUUGAACGAGCUAAGAAGGAUGAUGAAGGCACCUACAAGUGCAAAGCCACCAAUGAGAUCGGCCAAGUCAGCACUUCAGCCCUUAUUACUGUGGCAGGUUCAGAGGAGCGCUCCAGUGUUGAGGUCAUCAUCCUGGUAUGUACCGGCCUGGCGGCCACCCUCUUUUGGCUCCUGUUGACCCUGGUCAUUCGAAAACUCAGAAAGCCCAACACCCCUGACAUCAAGACAGGAUAUCUGUCCAUCAUCAUGGACCCUGAAGAGGUGCCUCUCGACCAGCAGUGUGACCAGCUGCCCUACGAUAGCAGCAAAUGGGAAUUCCCUAGAGAUCGCUUACGGUUGGGGAAGACCCUGGGUCACGGUGCCUUUGGGAAGGUGGUGGAGGCGUCCGCCUUUGGCAUUGACAAAUCUUCAACCUGCAAAACGGUGGCUGUGAAAAUGCUGAAAGAGUGUGCAACAUCCAAUGAGUGCAAGGCCCUGAUGUCAGAGCUCAAGAUCCUGAUCCACAUCGGCCACCACCUGAACGUAGUCAACCUGCUGGGAGCCUGCACCAAGCCUGGAGGGCCUCUGAUGGUCAUUGUGGAGUUCUGCAAGUAUGGAAACCUGUCCAACUUCCUGCGAGGGAAGAGAGGAGACUUUGUUGCCUCCAAGACCCAAGACACCUCUGAACAAGGGGAGAAGAAAGCAGAGGACUCUGACUGUGACCUCACGGAGCUCACCAAGCGGCGAUUAGAGAGUGUGGCAAGCACCGGGAGCUCAGCUAGCUCUGGUUUCAUUGAAGACAAGACCUACAGUGACUCUGAGGAGGAAGACGAAGACUCUGAAGAUCUGUCCAAACGACCUCUGACCCUGGAGGAUCUGAUCUGCUACAGCUACCAAGUGGCCAAGGGCAUGGAGUUCCUUGCCUCCCGAAAAUGCAUUCACCGGGACCUGGCUGCUCGGAACAUCCUCCUGACUGACAAUAAUGUGGUAAAAAUCUGUGACUUUGGCCUGGCCAGAGACAUCUACAAGGACCCUGACUAUGUCCGAAAAGGAGAUGCCCGGCUCCCCCUCAAGUGGAUGGCCCCUGAAGCUAUCUUUGACAAGAUUUACACUACCCAGAGUGAUGUGUGGUCAUUCGGUGUGCUGCUGUGGGAAAUAUUCUCCCUGGGUGCUUCACCCUACCCAGGGGUGCAAAUAGAUGAGGAUUUUUGUCUCCGACUCAAGGAAGGCAGCCGGAUGAAAUCCCCUGAGUAUUCGACUCCAGAAAUCUAUGAGACCAUGCUUGAUUGCUGGAAUGGUGUGUGCACAGAGAGACCUACUUUCACUGAGCUGGUCGAGCGCCUUGGGGACCUCCUGCAGGCCAGUGUUCAGCAGGAAGGCAAAGACUACAUUCCCCUCAACAUGUUUGACAAAGAGCUUGACUUCAAGGCCACCCCCAUGGAUGAGAAUCUGAUCAAUGGCCCUACUCACCGGAACACUGAGGAAGACAGCAUUGGCAUCCAGAUGCUCCCUCUGAGCGGUAAGACUUCAAGUGAGAUCCUUUCGGAGCCCAAGAAGACCAGGCCUGAGGAGAACAAGUUGGAGAGCAGGCUGGUGCUGCCUUCAGUGAAGCGCCUGGAGACUCGAUCCUGGCCCUAUGGACUCAUGGCAUUGGCCCUGAGAGCAGCCAGCAGAAGCAAGGAGUCCGUGCUGCUGUCCGAGGAGAAGGAGGUUCUGAAGCCCCAGAUGCCAGCCCAGCUGGAUGAGGAUGACCCUCUGGCCUAUGCCCUGGAGGACUCCAUCCUCCUACCCCUGGAUCCAGCCCUUGAGUGCCACAGCCCACCCCCUGACUACAAUUCUGUGGUCCACUAUUCUGACUCACCAGUGUAACUUCUGGCCAGUCUUCUUCCUCCAUCCAGCUCACCCCACCUCAGUUACAGCAUCCACCAUCUUCCCCAGCACUCCCUCUCACCCUGCCCCCACCAAGAGAAUCAAUCCAUGAGUGCCUUUCACAGCUGUACUGUCCCAGGGACCAGCUGUACAAGAAGGGAAUAGGGAGGGGGGAAUCUCAAUAUUAAAGUCUCUGCUCUUUCUUUGGA